AUGCUUUCGAGUACCAAGGAAGAGCCUUCGAGUGCCGUCACAACCGUGAAACUACCUCAUGCUAAUGUUCAACCGGCGGCAUCAGCCAUGUCUGGCAGCACACCACCUAGCAUGGGUUCUUCAGUGGACAUGUCUGCCCCUGCUUUGAGUCCAGAUCUUCGAAUUGCGUCUCCGAGCUUGCAGCUUAUUCAAAGCAUCGGGGCUAUAGAGCUAGUAGAACAAGACACCAGGCCUACCUUUCUUAUUGACAUGCUAGCCCCGACAACCGCACCUCCCAAUCAACCCUCUCUACAUAUAUUGUACGGCAACACGGCACUGCGUUCAUCGCGGGACAUAGCUGAAAUUGUCGGUUUGGAACCCGCUGAGUCCAUGGAUAUAGUCAAUUUCCAGCGUUUCGCAGCAUGGGCGACAUCUCUGCCUAGCAGCCGAGCCAGCCACGAACCUACGUCUCCGUUUCAUGUGUACGGCGGUAUCAAUUGGACAUAUGCCACUAUCCGGCGACGAUUCCGCUUCAUUAGCGGCAAUGUCAGUGUUGGCCGCCCAAGUACUCGAGCGAGUUCUCCUGUACCGACUUCCAACGACUCUAUCCCCGUUCCCACCACUACUUCCACCGUCUCUGACUUUACCCCGGUCACGCCGCAGCUUGGCUCCGUUGGCCCCAUUGGCCCUCCGGAUUACUUUGGAGAUGCUGUACCUGAGGAUGAACCGCUCAUGAACACGAUCCAAAAGAAACUAGGUGACGCCGCAGUAUCCUUGACUCAUCCGGAUGAAUUCACAAAUCAGGUUUUGCAACAGGUGCAGCCAGUCACGCAGUCCUUUGACUGGACCGCGAUACCACUGCAUGGUAAUCUUCCCGACCAUAUCAAAUUUGCGAAGACACGGGAUUGGGCUUCAACCGCACUCGGUCCGAUGAUUGACUGGGCGCCUGGUCUAAGAGCUAUGUCUAGUCUUGUCAUGGCUACCCCCCAUCCUGCAGCCAUGUACUGGGGCCAAGAUAUGGUGAUAAUAUACAAUGAAGCCUACGUAUCCUUGGCUGGAAAGAAGCAUCCCGACCUGAUGGGAAUGGCUUACACCGAGGGGUGGCCGGAAAUCUGGGAGGAAAUUGAGCCCGUCUUUGAAAAUGCAUGGAAAUCUGGACAGUCGACAAUGAAGCACGACAAUCGACUUUUCAUUAAGCGUGAUGGAUUCCUCGAGGAAACAUUUUUUUCCUGGGCCAUUGUUCCGCUACUUGGCAAUGAUGGCGAAGUGGUUGGGCUAUAUAACCCUUGUUUUGAAAACACACGCCGGACAAUUAACGAGAGACGCAUGCUCACGCUCCGCGAGAUGGGUGAGAGGGUAGCCACAGCCACAACUGUGACCGGGUUCUGGCCCCAGGUGCAAGCCGGCUUAGAGUAUAAUGAGUUUGACGUACCGUUCAGCAUCAUCUACUCAGUCCGAGAGGAAUAUGAGAGUGAAGUAUCCUCGCUUCACUCGGGCAGCCUGCUACCAUCGUCGCAACUCGCUCUCGAGGGGGCUCCCGGUGUCCCUCACGGCCAUGUCGCGGCGCCACCAUCUAUAGAUCUCAAGUCAUCCGAUGAAGGCUUUGCGCCCUAUAUGCGCCAAUGCAUGGCCAUGGGCGGUGCGCCGGUCGUUCUUUCCGAGGAAGGGGGAAACCUCCCGAAACAUCUUUUGGAAGGACUUCAAUACCGAGGUUUUCCUGCCCCUUGCUCAACCAUCGUUAUUUUCCCUGUUGUACCUACUACCACAACAGAGGCUAUUGCCGGUUUUAUCGUCAUGGGAACAAAUCCGAGGCGGCCUUACGACGAAGACUAUAAGCUCUUUGUAGACCUUCUGUCUCGACAGCUCGCGACAUCCCUGGCGUCGGUUUUAUUGUUCGAAGAAGAAAUCAAGCGAGGGCAGCGGGCAGCACGUCUGGCGGCUCUCGACAGGCAAGAACUUUCAUUGCAGCUGAUUCAGAGAACGCAAGAGGUCAACGAGAGUGAGUAUCGAUUCACCCGCAUGGCUGAGUUUGCCCCAGUCGGCAUGUUUAUUGCUGAUGCCCUUGGAUCCAUCAACUAUUGCAAUGACAUGUGGUGGCAAAUAUCUCGGCACACCCGCUUGCAAGACGCCGAGAGCGGUUGGAUGAAUAGUGUUCGAGACGAGGACAGGCCAGCUCUGGAAGCUGCAUGGGCUAAGCUGGUGAAGGAAAAAGUGACUAUUUCGCUCGAGUUCCGAUUUAAAUGCUCACAGCAAAGUGGCUGCAAUACAAUCGACACGUGGGUAUUGAUGAGCGCCUUUCCGGAGAAGACACUAGAUGGAGGAUUGAAGUCUAUUUUCGGCUGCAUUACCGAUAUCUCGUCACAGAAAUGGGCAGAAAAGGUUCAGAAUGAGCGGAGGGAAGAGGCCGUGGAGCUCAAGAGACAACAAGAAAACUUCAUUGACAUUACAAGUCACGAAAUGCGGAAUCCGUUGUCAGCCAUUCUCCAAUGCGCUGAUCAAAUUGCGAAUAAUAUUUCAGCUUUUACAGCACAGAAAGACAAAGACGAGGUAGAGAAUCUACUAGAGGGUUGUUUGGAUGCGGCCAACACCAUCAAUCUCUGUGCGAGUCAUCAGAAGCGCAUCGUGGAUGACAUAUUAACCCUGUCAAAACUUGAUUCCAACUUGCUGGCUGUCGCCCCUGCGGACGUGCAACCCAUAAAACUGGUCAAGUCGACGCUGAAAAUGUUUGAGCCUGAACUGGUCGCUCACGACAUUGAGUUUGAAUUCAACGUUGGCGACAGCUUUGCUCGCCAUGAUGUUACCUGGGCAAAAUUGGAUCCCUCGAGGUUGAACCAAGUCUUGAUCAAUCUCAUGACCAAUGCAAUCAAAUUUACACAAGGUCGUGAGCGCCGCAGUAUUACUGUAAAUGUCAGCACGUCAAGAGACAUAUCAGAGGUCACCAGCACUGGCAUAUCUUACUUUAGCCGAAUCAAUAAUCAGCGAGCUCCUAAUAUGGAUAUCACCAACAAAGAAGAAUGGGGCACGGGCGACGUUAUUCAUAUACACUGCUCUGUGGAAGAUACCGGGCCAGGCUUGGCGGAAGAAGAGAUGAAGCUACUGUUCCAGCGAUUCCAGCAAGCCACACCACGCACUCACGUACAAUACGGCGGAUCUGGACUCGGGCUCUUCAUUUCUAGGAUUCUUGCCGAGUUACAAGGUGGUCAGAUUGGAGUCUCGUCAAAGGCAGGUGUCGGCAGCAAGUUCAACUUCUAUAUACAAUGUCGGAAAUGUGUCGACCCUCCCGCAAAGCACGACCGCAUCUCGCCAUUCAAAAUUGGACGCAAGGUCAUUGCUGCUGCUGCCGCCGCUGCUGCUCAGUCUCCUCCUCCUCAUCCUCCCCCUCGUCUGCCAGUCCCAGAGACAGCGCCAAAGAUCAAAGAUCGCUUACCUCACCGAAAUAGCGCCGCUCUGGGUAACCGAUCCUCCUUCGACGUUCUUAUUGUCGAAGACAAUAUCGUUAAUCAAAAGGUCUUACAAAGGCAACUGAGGCAUUGUGGAAAUAACACAUUUGUUGCAAACCAUGGCUUCGAGGCGCUGCAAACACUCCAGAAAUCGAGGUUCUGGGCAGGACAAGAACAAGAUGGAGUCGACAUUUCCGUAAUUCUCAUGGAUUUGGAAAUGCCGGUCAUGGAUGGAAUGACAUGUGCCAGAAAGAUUCGGGAAUUGGAGAGAGAAGGCACCAUCAUUACGCAUAUUCCGAUCAUAGCAGUUACCGCGUAUGCACGACCUGAGCAGAUUCAGAGUGCCAAAGCUGCUGGUAUUGAUGACGUCAUAUCCAAGCCUUUCCGCAUCCCGGAGCUUCUUCCAAAGAUUGAAGAGCUUGUCAGCAGGUACAAGAAUCUUUCGUUGAUCGGCGAAACAUAG